UUCGACCUCUUUACUCUCCGAUCUGUCUCUCUCUCUCUCGCUCUCCGUCUAUAUACACAUCAUGUAUAUAUAUAUAUAUAUGCUUUGAUUUUUUGUUUAUUUUUCUGUUUGUUGAUGUGGAGGUGAUCGCGAUUUUUCAAACUCAGGUCUCGCGAUGGCUUCAAACCGGAUCUUCGAAGAACUCAAGCAUCUCCAGAUCUUCAAACAACUCAGGUUAUCGCCUUCGUGGUGGAGUGAAAAGCCUGCCAAACUUGUCGGCCUAGAGGAAGAUGGUUCGGUUGAUUGCACAAAUCGACGGGGUUAUGAGACCGAGGAGUGAAGAAAGAUCAAGAUCAUCAGGAUCGAGAUAGGGAUUGGGACCAAGACUGAGACCGAGAUCGAGACCGAUCAAGUUGGAGCAAGAGGAAACCAACCGAUGAAAUGAUAGGGUUUUCUAUUCCAAGAAAAGCUCGAGCGCGAUGGCAUUGGAUGUGCCUGUUGAAGCUCCUCCUCAGGUCUGGUUCUCCUGUCGCUACCAUCCCUCAGACAAGGGGAAUGCAAAAGUGGCUGUGUCUCUGGUUGGAUAUGAUCAGGAACUGAAGGAUGGGAGGUGCGCGGAAACAGAUGACAUUCUUCCAGAUGGAUUUAAACUGAAAAAGGAAGAUGGUGUUUUACUACAUGUCCUAUGCCAUGGGCAGAGGAUGCCUUACAUUUGGGGAGAUGAUGCAGAAGAUUUCCGACCUGAAAGAUGGCUCAACAAUGGUGUUUUCCAACCUAAAUCACCGUUCAAAUUCAUCGCAUUUCAUGUACGUUUACAGUUUACUUUUUUUUUUUGUUUACAGAAAAGAUUAUACGUGCUUAUAUUUAUUUCUGGCAAAAACAAAAAUGAAAACAUGGAGAUGGAACGCGUGAUCGAGUUUCCACACGCACGUGGAUCGUUGUCCCAGAAAGAGACCGCGUUUGGGUUGGGACAUUGCUCCUCAGGCCCUCAAGUGCCAGAGAUAGAUGGUGGCUUGCUCGGCCCGAUUGGGCCACUAGGAUUCGGCAUAUAUGAUGAUCUGCUUGGCCCUCCGAUUGACGGCGUAUAUCCUGGUCUGCUUGUUGCACCUAUUAACACACCAGAGCUUGAUUUUGGCUUGCUCGAUGCGCCAAAUGAUCCACCAGCAUUCGAAAAAAUUAUGAAGAAUUGGGCAUUGUCGGAAGCAAGUGAAGACAACAGAGGCAGGCGCAAAUGCUGGCCCGCUCGUCGUGCCUGUUGGUCCCCCAGUGCCUGCGCCUUUUGUUAAUCCGUUGCAAAAGAUUUUAUUUUUCUCAUUAAUGAUGGUCCUUAAACUCGUCGCAAAAACUUAAUCCCUAAUUACCUUCGCGCCCUCCCCCACCCCCUUACUUUUUCUUGCUCAUCCCUAUACUUUUAGACUUCUCUUCGGAUUUUUUUUUUUUAAAAAAAAAACUACCAGUUUUAUUGGUGAUCAUAUUUGGUUUAAUUUUCUGAAACUUGUUUAAGAUUUUUUUAAAAAGACUAAAAAUUAGUUUCGUGAAAAAAUUAAAAAUAUUUAUCAAUUUUAUAUAACUUUACAAAGGAUAUGAGCAAUUUUUAAAAAUCAAAAAAUCGAUCCCUAUAUAUAAAGCAUGAAUGCUGGGUGUUGAAAUCCUAAAAUGACGUCAUUUUGAGCCAUAACUCUGAACAAAACCCUUUCACUUUCUCUCUAUCGCACUAUCUGUGUGUGUGUGUGUCAUGUCUCUGCAAAAACUCUUCAAACCCCUACCCUCUCUCCAUCAGACCCCAAAUCCCAAACCCUCCUCUCUCUCUUUUGCAAAAACUCCUCAAAACCCUCUCUCCCUCUCUCUCUCCAUCAGACCCCAAAUCCAAAACCCAAACCCUAACUGGCAUAACAAUGAGUGAGAAGGAGAAGAUGGACAAAGAAAAUACACACAGACAGAGCUCUGAACCAGAAGAAAAGAACAAAGAAAGAGAAGUAACGACGGAGAGAGAAGACGGCCGAAAGGAGACGGAAGAGACGAAUGCACGCAAAGAACACUUCCACCCUUCAACCAGGUUUGUAGAUUCAAACUAGGGUUUUGAUUUGGGGAUUUUCACUAAAAAAUCAAGGUUUUGAUUGAACAAUUCCAAAAUUAUGUAAAAUUAGUGAACCUUAAGGAACUCUAGUUU